ACAAGCAUUGACAGGUAGUCAUAGCUAAUUGAGACAAUGGCUGAAUUGAUGCUGAGUGACUAAAGGUAUGUAACGGAUACAGCGUAGAUACAUUUGUACCUGGACAAAAGGAUGAUUCAUGGCUGGGAGGAUGGUGUAAGAUUUCAUCAUACUGCUCAGAAUGGCACAUAUUGUGAACUUAGCAAUUUUUCCUUCUGGAAUUUUCCUUUUUAUGUUUUCAGACAGGGAGGCAAAACCGUGAAUAAGUGAGAACUACUAUAUAUCUAUGGUCAAAGUUUUAAGUCUUGCUUUUUACUUAUAGCCAAUCACAAGGAGAAUAUUCUUAGGGGAAGUUUGCACAGCAGAAUAUAAGAAUACAGUGCUUUCAGUAGCCAAGAUACGCAGUCAGCCAAGAUGCCCAUUUGUGGAUGAAUUGGAUAAGGAAAAUGCCAUGUGGCACACAAUGGAAUACUGUUCCACCAUAAGAAAAAUAGUGGGACUGCAGGCCAUUAUCACAGGUGAAAUAAGCCAGGUGCAGAAAGACAUCACAUGUUCUCCUACAUGGAAUUAAAAAGUCAGUUUCGUAGAAGAGGUGGAAUUGUGGUCAUUGGAGAAGGGCAGGGAGGAGAGGGCUGAAGGACAGAUGAGACACUAUGACAAAAUUACAUAGGAAUUCUGGGGUUUGGUUUUUUCUUUUUCUUUUGAAUCAAAGCCUCUGUAAUCCAGGCUGCCCUUAGACUUAAAAUUGUUCUUUCUCAGCCUCUCAAGUCCUGGGAUUACAGGCACAUACCGUUAUGCUCAACUUAGUUCUGAUUUUCAGUAGCACAGUAGAGUAACUUGGUUUGAACAAUUUAUGAUAUAUUUCAUCUUUUUUUGUUGAUUUUUUUUUUAUGAUGUAUUUCAAAAUGAUGAAGAAUAGGAAAGUUUCCAAAACAUAAAAAUUACCAGUGUUUCAGGGGGUGGAAGUGCUCAUUGCCCUGAUUGGAUAAUCAAGUAUUAUUUACCUGGGUGGAAUUAGCACACUGUUCCCCAUGAAGAUGUAUGUGUGGGGGCUGUAGGCAUGGCCCAAGUGGUGGAGUACUUGCCUUGCAAGCAUGAAGCCCUAGGUUCAAACCCCAGUGCCACUUAAAAAAAAAAAAAAAAUCUUUGAUGGCAUCUGAUCUUGUUGCAGGCUGCUUGCUGACCUUUCUCCACUGACGAGAGUGCUCGACUCUUGGAACUGACUGAAAAGACAACAUUGUACCUACAAGAUUUCUGACGUUCAGAACAACAGAUUUUUCUACAUUGCUGCUAUAUCAGAUCAAGUAUGAAUUGGAAUACAAAACCAGAGAGUGCUACAUUACCACCACUGUAUCCUAAAAGCCAGUCAUCUGUUUUGCAGCAGUAUUUACUAGUAAACCAGCCUCCCAUAACAUCUCAGAGUUCUUUCAGCUAUCCUGGAAAUAACCAACAAGCAUGCAUGUAUUCUAGUAAUUCAAAUUCAAUUUCAGAGCCACUGCUGAACAUCAGAAAUUAUAAAAUUUCUCCUCCUCAAAUCCCUAUUUCUAAUAUGCAUAACAGGACAGUUGUGGCCUCACAAACUUCAGUAGAAAGAAUAACAUAUACAAAUGUUACAGGACCCCAACAACCAAACCAUAAUUUUCAGAUGUCUUCGGGAGUCAUGCAAAAUAUAUGGUUGAACUCAUCAAUGAGGAGUUCUAUACCUUCUCACACAGAGGCACCUAUGUCUCAUCAGACUGAUUUUGGAACUAAUAUGCCUCAUAUACAUGCUCUACAGAGUCAUCUUGUAACAUCAAAUACCUAUCCUGUGCAACUACAGAUGACUCCAGCAAAUUCUGUAGGAAGUUCUAUGACAUUUCAAGGAAAUCAGAAAUUUAACCACUCACUCUCAGAUCAGCAGGUUAAUUGGAAACAACAGUAUACAUCUAAUGAACUGACUUACCCAGAUUACAGACCACUUCCAAAGCAGUAUUCUUAUUCGUCACCAAGCUUUUUACAAGAUCCUAUUAUGCAGAAACAAAACCUUAUGCCAUCUACAUCAUUACAAGGUAGUCAACUUCCAACUUAUGCACAGACUUUACAGUCAAAGCAGACUGCAGCUGUAUCAUCCUACCAGUUUCCUGUGGAAACAAACAAAAGACCCCUUCCUUCUCUUCCUUACAGCUGUAGAUAUGGAAGCCAGCCUUUGCAUAAUACUCAGAUUGUUAAACACUUGCCUGAGGAAGUCCCUCAGUGUCCAGAAACACGGAAGGAUUUUUCUAAAGGCUUUCAGGAGCGGUGGCAAAACACUACUGAAGACGACAUCACAAUAGGAAAUUUUUGUAACGUGAAAGUAAAUGCCAAUGCCAAACAGCCUUGUAAUGAACCAGAUAGAACUUCAGUGACUGGAGUUCAGAUUCUUGCUCAAAAUAAUCAAGAGAAAAAAGUGGAUUCAUACAAUCCAACUUCAAAUCAUGUACUGGACACAACUGUCACAAAAGAAAAGCUAGUGAGGGAUAUUAAAUCAUUAAUUGAAAUAAAAAAGAAGUUUUCUGAACUUGCCAGGAAAAUUAAAAUUAAUAAAGAUCUUUUGAUGGCAGCAGGCUGUAGUAAAACAGCUAAUACCUCUUGCAUUGCACCAGCUCAGCCUACUGAAUUCUCACCAAAAGGAAUGUCUCCUUCAAGUGACAACCACUGUUCCAUGGAACUACUAGCAACAUGUCUUUCUCUUUGGAAAAAGCAGCCUUCAAAAACAACAGAAGAAGAAGCUUUGAAACCCUCAGAGGAAAAACAGCAUAAGUCAAGGACAAACACAACAGCAGUUGGAAUUUCAAAGCCUGUGGAGGAAGCUCAUGUUAAGAGUCUUUGUUCAGUUGAGGGAAAUUCUCAGAAUAGAAUGGUAAACCUAUCACAAGAAACAGCUAUGUCAGUGGUAACACAGAGUUGUGAGUCUUUAGGUAUAAAUGUUACAAAGGGAUCAGAACUUCAGAUUGCUGUAGUGUCACCCUUAAUUCUUUCAAAUGCCAAAACAUUGUCUGUCAAAGGAGUAACACCUGACACUUUACCUGGGACAGUAUAUCCAAUUAUUAAAGAAGAUAGCAUUUGUAGUUUACAAAAUCAGUUGGCAGAAAACACAACAGUAACUGCUGCUUUAGAAGUUGAUGUUAAGGAACCAGCAGCAGGUGGCACAACACUAACCGAGGUUUUCCCAUUAAUUCAGGAGAAGCAGAAUGAGCCAACUCACGGUAAUUCAGAAGACACACCUAAUGCCAGUCAAGGCAAGCACUCCUCUCUGAGCAGUCAGCAAACCUUGCAUAAAUCAAUGGACAGUACUAUGGUGAGUGGCAGUAUGUUACAGAUUGAAAAUAUUUGUACCCUUGUUGAAGGUGAUGUAUCUUAUAAUUCCCAAAUAGCAAAGAUAUUCAACUCUUCACCUUCAAACAAGAUUGAAGCACAGGCACCUUCUGCAUCCAAUCAGCAGGUAACUAGUAGACAACAAGAAGAGCAAGUAGAUGAUGCCACCAAAAAUACAGACUUUAAUUUUCAAAAAGAUCAGCUUUUACAGUGCACAGAUGUUCCUCCUGAAAUAACUGACCAGUCAGAGUCCCUGCAGCCUACAAACUCUUCAUCUUUUGAGGAUGCCAAAGGAAAUAGGGAAAUUGUAGAGGAAAGCAAUUUGAAGAAUACCACUAAAAAAGAAAGCUCAGCUAAGGAGGUGUGUUGCUCAUCAGAUGUUAUUCCACAAGAUAUUUGCCCUCAGGAAAGUGACGCAUCCAGCAAUAAUACUACACAAGAUCCCGAGACAAACGAGAUUCAUGAUGAUAACACAUGCAGGUAUAGGUUGGAUGACCAGCUGUCUGAACUUCUAAAAGAGUUUCCUUAUGGCAUUGAAGCUGCGAACACAUGCAAAGACUCUCUGGGCCAGCAAACAGCACAUCAAACCUCAGGGGAUCGAUGUGGUAAGACUGAUUGUGACUCUGAGGACUCCACAGACAAAAUACAAAUUACAAUACUAAGCUCGGAACAAAUGAAAGAAAUAUUUCCCGAGGAGCAUGAUCAGCCCAGUGACAUACACAAAUUGGCAGAACCUCAGAAAGAAAAGCCAAUUGCAGAAGUAAGGAGCCAGUGUGAUUCACCAGCACCUGGAGGAGGAGGAGGAGAAAGUUGUGAUCCUGUGAUAUUGGAGGCAGAAAAAGACAAAAUCCAUUGCUGUGCACUGGGCUGGCUCUCAAUGGUUUAUGAAGGAGUACCCCCAUGUCAGUGUAAUUCCAGCAAAAAGGCAACUUCAGAGGAAAAGAAAGAUCAGUGUUCUCGUUUGAAAACCAACAGUUGUAAACAAGGAGAAAGGACCUCUCCUAGAGAUGUCACUAUUGUCCAACUUAAUAAUGUUCCAAACUCCAAGACUUUUCUAACUCCAGCAGCUGAGAAAAGUCUUUCUAAAAAACAUGGCAACGGUAUAAAACAUACAUCAAAAUCAAAGCAGAACAGUUCACCAAGGACAGAACAGGAAUUAACUGGGCAGUUUUUAUCUAAACAUGAUAGCAAAAGUAAAGAUACAUCCAAAAUAAGACAGGACAGCUCACUAAAGAUGAGACGAGAAUUAAGUGAUCGAUUUUCAUACAAACGUGACAAAGUAGAUCUUUUGCAAAGUAAUAAAAGAAAAGAAAAACUAACAUUUCAUGAAGUAACUUUUAACUCCCAUAAUAAAAUGACAAUGUUUCACGAACAAGCUUCUCAGGAAAAGCUGCUGAAGAACCACGUACCACAAAGUUUGCAUCCAUUGAAAGCACAGGCAGCUCUGACCAGUAAAGAUCUGUGCAGGAGGAAUGGUACUUUGGUACAGUCAGUAUCACCAGAAAAGAAAAAAUUGAAAUUCAGAGCAGGUGGCUCCAAACUAAAAUAUUUGGAGAAAAGGAAGUUAGAUGAAGGGAAUAUACUGGAUAUGGAAAUAAAGAAGAAGAAAUAUGAUAAACAAGAGCAGACUCAACAGGCGGGAGGCACACUCAAGUUAUGCAGUGCACUGUCAAACCCAAGUGAAGGAGCCAGUGUAAAAGAAAAGGCAACUAUUAAGUCCUCAGACUUGAAGGGUAGCUCAGCUAAGUUUCCUAGAGUUCUCACACUGCAGGAAUAUUUACAAAGGCAGAAGCAGAAAGAAAUGGGGAAUAAAGCAUCCAGGAAAAUCUGUAUGGAAAAUGUACCGGGUGGCUCUGAGCAUAUGGGAUCCAGUAAACACCCUGCACAAGAAGUGAGUUGUGGGAAAUCAAAUGAGAGUCAGCCCAGCAGUGUGGAGAUCUCUAAAGAGCCAGUAAAUACAUUGACAUGCCAUGAUAAAAACCUCAAAACCUACCACUCUGAGGAAGCUAAGACACACAACAUUUUAAGGAAUGUUAAAGGGAAAGUUGAUGGGAAGCAGCCUGACAAGACAUGGAUUGAUAAAGCCAAAUUAGAAAAAAAAAUUGUAAGUAAUGAAGUCGAAUCUAGCCAGAUGCCUCCCCACACAAAGGAACAAAGGAAACUGUAUCUCAACAGAGUUGCAUUUAAAUGCACAGAGCGGGAAAGCAUUUAUCUCACCAAAUUGGACCCUGCAUCCCAGAAGCUCAGUAAAGACAAAGAGAAGAGUCAGGAUAAUAAGCCUAAGGCCUAUUUUCCUGUGAAAGAUAGCGUAGAGAAACCUAGCAUGCUAGAGUUUAAAUUAUGUCCAGAUGUACUACUAAAGAAUGCAAACGCUGUUGAACAGAAAGUUCCGAAGGCGCAUCCUAAGAAAGAGCAGGCUCCCGCGCAAGGUCUGGUAUGAUUUUCUUGGUGGUUUGCAUGCCAUUGUGAAGUUGUGGUUAAUAAGUAGGCUAGCACGCCAUC